UGUAAUUCCACAUUUUUUAUUAAAGUUAUCUUUUGUCAAAAUUAUUCAAUCAUAAAUGAAUAUUUAUAUAGAGCUAAGAAGGAAGAAAUAAGACAAGGCAGGCAAUGGAGGAGAAUAACCAGAAGCACUUUGUGCUUGUCCAUGGGCUCUGCCACGGCGCAUGGAACUGGUACAAGGUGAAACCGAUUCUCGAGGCUGCAGGUCACACUGUGACAGCAGUAAACCUAGCUGCGUCGGGCAUAGACUCAACCAGAUUAGAAGAGAUUCAAACACUGCAGGAUUACUGCAAACCGUUGCUAGAUGUUCUGAGCUCGCCAGAUGAAGAUAAGGUGAUUAUUGUUUCUCAUAGCAUGGGAGGAUUAUCCGCAGCGUUUGCAGCUGACGUGUUCCCUCAUAAGAUCGCUGCUAUUGUCUUUGUGACAUCAUUCAUGCCUGACACAAUAAACCCACCUGCUUAUGUUUUCGAAAAUUUCAUGACGAGCAUUCCACAGCAAGUUUGGUCGGAUACCGUGUUGGGGAGCUAUGGGAGACCUGAUCAUCCAUUAAAGUCUGCUCUACUUGGACCAAAGUUCUUGGCCAAGCAUUUGUAUCAACUUUCACCAGUCGAGGAUCUUGAAUUGGCGAAAAUACUGGUGAGGGUAAACCCUUCAGUUACGACCAAUCUGGCAGGGACAAGAAGCUUCACUGAGGAAGGGUACGGAUCUGUUACACGUGUCUACAUCAUAUGCGAAGAGGAUAAGAUAGUAUCUAAGGAAUACCAGCACUGGAUAAUCAGCAACUUUCCACCAAAAGAAGUGAUAAAGAUCAAAGAUGCUGAUCAUAUGCCAAUGACCUCCACGCCUCAAGAACUAUGUGCUCAUCUCUUGGAAAUAGCUGAUAAAUAUGCAUAAGAGAAACCUGCGAUUGUGCAACUGGUUAUGUGUACCUGUGUAUUUUGUUUAAGAACAUAUAGUAUAAUCAAAUAAGUGAGGUGAUAUCAAAGAUGCAUACCUAAAUAAACCUAAGAUCGUCUGUCUUUUGAAGAAGCAGAGUUAAAUAUUGC